UCCAAUAAAUUGUCGUAAUCGAAUGUCGUCAGACGAUGAUGACGAUGAUGAAUCAUCAUCGCCAUCCAUAUUGGAUAUAAUUAACACCAAAAAAGUGGAAAUGUUAUUAGCGGAACGAAGACAAAACGCGAGUAGAGAAGAAAAACGAUAUUUAGAAUUAAAUAAUUUAGAUGAUAAUUACACCCCAAAUAUGUACGGUUCAGCUUCGGAUAAUGAUAAUCAUUUAUCUUCGGAAAUAUCCCAUCAACCUGUGGAUUCAUCCAAACGUACCCGCAUUGAUGUAAACAUGCUACUACGUAAAAACAGUAACACGUCUGGUUUUCCCAAAACGGAACUUCUAUCUGAUUUAACUGGAUAUGAAGGUAUUAAAUUAUUAAAAUCCAGCCGAAGUGCAUUAUUGGUAACAAAAAAAGAAUAUUUAAAAAAAGAUUGGUGUAAAACUGAACCCUUGGUGCAAAAAAUCCGUGAAGAAGGUUGUUUAACCCGAACAAUAAUUAAUCGAUUUUGUUAUGGACAAUGCAAUAGUUUUUACAUACCAAAAAGUCCAAAAAAACGACGUCCAAAACAUUUCGGCCAUAAUUUAGAUGAAUCCGAAGAUGAUGACUUAAAUGGUGCCGCUUUUAAAUCGUGUGAAUUUUGUCGACCCAAAAAAUUUACAUGGAUUACAAUCACGCUGCGAUGUCCAACAAAAAUACCUCAAUUACGGAAGAAACGUAUCCAGCGUAUAAAACAAUGUAAAUGUACGGCAGAAUCACUUUAAAAAAAUGGAAGGAGAGAAAUAUUUUGGGGUGUGUCCGUUCAUCAGAUUGUUGGAUUGUUCUAAA